AUGGUCGGUUCUUCAAAUCUGCCGUCUCAAAGUGCCGAAAGCAGAGAAAGCGCUGGGAAAAAUGCAAGGAAAAAGGCAAGCACAAACAACGUCGGGAAAAUAAUGUGGAUUUUCCGAUAUCAUUUUGUCGGGAAAAUAAUGUGGAUUUUCCGAUAUCAUUUUGUCGGGAAAAUAAUGUGGAUUCCGAGAUUAUUUGGUCGGGAAUAUAAUGUGGAUUUUCCGAUAUCAUUUUGUCGGGAAAAUAAUGUGGAUUUUUUGAACAUCAGCUGUCGGGAAAAUAAUGUGGAUUUUUGGGUAUUAUUUUGUCGAGAAAAUAAUGUGGAUUUUCCGAUAUCAUUUUGUCGCGAAAAUAAUGUGGAUUUUUGGAUAUCAUUAUGUCGGGAAAAUAAUGUGGAUUUUCGGAUAUUAUUUUGUCGAGAAAAUAAUGUGGAUUUUCGGAUAUUAUUUUGUCGAGAAAAUAAUGUGGAUUUUCGGAUAUUAUUUUGUCGGGAAAAUAAUGUGGAUUUUCGGAUAUCAUUUUGUCGGAAAAAUAAUGUGGAUGUUCGGAUAUCAUUUUGUCGGAAAAAUAAUGUGGAUUUUCGAUAUUAUUAUGUCGGGAAAAUAAUGUGGAUUUUCCGAUAUUACUAUGUCGCGAAAAUAAUGUGGAGUUUCUGUUAUCAUUUUGUCGGGAAAAUAAUGUGGAUUUUCCGGUAUUAUUAUGUCGGGAAAAUAAUGUGGAUUUUCCGAUAUUACUAUAUCGCGAAAAUAAUGUGGAUUUUCCGAUAUUAUUUUGUCGGGAAAAUAAUGUGGAUUUUUUGAACAUCAGCUGUCGACAAAAUAAUGUGAAUUUUCCGAUAUUAUGUUGUCGGGAAAAUAAUGUGGAUUUGCGGCGUUUUGAAAUGGCUCAUCAUUGCUUUGCGACGGCUAGCUGCGAUGAUGGGCGCUUCCAAGCCGCAACAAAUCCACAUUAUUUUCCCGACGGACUGAUAAUUUUUUCUGCCUUAUUCUUUGUCGCUGAAGAAACAAACAAUUUUAUUUUUUUGCAGCACAAUUCAUUGAAGUGAUGAAAUCUUAGAUGCGACAUUGCUCAAUAUUUUCUCGACAGACUGAUAUUACAAUAAAAAAUUUAAUUUCAGCCCAUCAUCAAAUCCUCGGCGAAAUUAUCAAAUCUGCCUGGCCAAACUUCCACCAAGCCCUCCAACGUGGCCUCAAAUUCAAGUCGAGCUCGCAGGAGCCGCUCAAGAAAGUCUUCAAGGGCUAAAAGGCAGGGAUCCGCAAAGAAAACCGCCGAAAGCAAGAAGAAUACAACAGCAGCUGCGAAAUCGGAUACUGAACCGUCUACCUCAAAAUCGACCUCAAAUAAGUCGGUGACUGGAGAGAAGGCAACGGAGGAGCCAGAAGAGGUGUUGAAAUGUACAUGCCGACCGAAGAAAAAGUGAGUUUAGCGCGUAUUUGGAAGUUUUGCUUUGGCAGCCUGCGCCCUUGCUUAUUGGAGAGUGAUUUUAAAACAAGAAAAAUUAGUUUUAGUAAUGACUAUGGCUAUAUUUUUCUUAGUUUGAACCUAUAAUAUGGUCUUUUGAUGAUUUUGUAAUUGGCAGCUUGCGCCCAGGCUUGACUAUUUUUUUGGAUUGAGUACGGAAAGGUCCGCUGCGGAAAGGUCCGCUAAAAAAAGAAAAGAGAAGGGCGGGGGGAAGGGUGGGGGGAGGUUUUCGAUGGCGCUGAGUUCGAAAAUCAUAUAAAUUUUUUUCUGAAUUUUACAAUUUUGCUUAAGCAGUAGUGUCAUUUUCGCUGUAAAGACGAAAAAAGCGUCAUAAGUUUUCUUACAAUAUCAUACAAGUUUGACCAAGUUUUUACCAAUUAAAACAUUUAUUUUAAAGAAUUGAGGAAGAUAGGCAAAAAUUCAGAAGAAAUGGAUACAAUUUUCAAAAUCAGCACCACCGAAAACCCCUAAAUCCAUUACUCAAAAAAGAUUUUUUUAAAAUUACUAAUUAAUACUACUGCUUGCAAAAUUGUAAAAUUCAGAAAAAAUGGAUACGAUAUUCGAAAUCAGCGCCAUCGAAAACCUCCCCCCUCCCCGCCCUCCUCUUUCCUUUUUUUAGCGGACCUUUCCGCAGCGGACCUUUCCGUCCUUCGUGAUUUUUUUGACGUCUAAUAACUGAUAAACAAGAAAUGACAACUCUAGAAGCAUCCAUUACGUCAUUUAAAUAUCGAUUUACCUGAUUUAAAAAUUUUUCGUUUCGCAGCUCGCGCCCUAUUCUUCGGGUCGAAAGCUUUUACAAUGGCCAGAAUUUGAUGGCAAAGGCAAAUUGACAACAUUCUUAACAUUUUUCAUUUUCAGAAGGAACCGAAAAGACUACUAUUACCUUGUACUCGGCCUUACCCGGCACGCUGCGCCCGAACAUAUCGCUUUGGCCUAUCAAAUGGAGAUCAACCAACUUCGGAUCCUUCAAGCACAUCAAAAUGGCUCAUUAACUCAAGAACAAAAGGAUCGUCUUGCUGAAAUCAACUUUGCCUAUUCAAUACUGGGCCAUGCCCAAAGACGAAAAAUCUAUGAUACGUAUGGAUUGAGAGGCGUUUUACUGGCACAAAAACACCCGACUUUUCAUCAUAGUCUAUGGAUGAUUGCGACUAAAGCCUGGAAGGUGAAUUUUUAGAGGAUUUUUAUGAGGUGACAUUUUAUACGAAAAAAUAGUUUUUUCGUAUAAAAUGUCGCCAAAGCCGAAAUAACGUGCAAAAAUAAUUUUGCAACGUAGUUCAGACUAAUUUUCGUUAUUUGGAAUAUUCUGCUUGCUUUUUUCAUUAAGGUGACAUUUUAUACGAAGAAAUAAUUUUUUGUAUAAAAUGUCACCAAAGCCAAAAUAAUGUGGAAAAAUAAAUUUUCAACACAUUUCGGACUAAUUUUCGUUAUUUCAAAUAUGCCUCUUUCAUUUUCCAUGAGGUGACAUUUUAUACGAAAAAGUAAUUUCUUCGUAUAAGAUGUCACCAAAGCCGAAAUAAGAACAAUUGCAAAUAUAUUUUUAAUUUUAAUCUCUUUUUCAGUUUGGCAUUCACCUUCUCACCUACCUCACCUGUUUUUGGUGUGGUUGCUGCUGUUUUUGUGGAUGUUGUUGCAUAUUUUGUUGUCGCUGCUGCUGCAAUGGAUGCUGUGGACACUUGAAUGAGGAUGUUGUGGUAAGCUUUAUCCGUCAAAUAAAAAAAUAAAUUUUUUUUAUUUUCAAUUUUUCAGUGUGAAGUUCACCAUGCUCAAUUGGAGGAUUACACAGUGGAUGGAAAGACGAUCACCAGAGUCAAAGAUGGGGUAAGAAAAAUUACAAAAAAGAGAUUUUUCAAUAAAAAAAUAUUUUAUUUUUUUUUUAUUUUUUUCAAAUUUUCAAAAAAAACUUUGCAGAAAAAGCAUUCCAUCUCACCGGACAAGCUUACAAUAUCUUCGAAGUAUCGAGGACGCCGUCAUUCGGCCCCACCGGCAAUAAGCACGACGUCUUCAACGCCACAUAAGGAACGAGCCAGGUUAUUCAUCGAUCAACCACAAUACUCCGUGAAACAUAUGCAUCAAUUCAAACCAGCGUGUGACAAUGCUGCUGGUAAGGAAAUUUGGAAGGAAAUUGCGUUGCAGUCAGUCGGAUUGAAGGCUCUGAAAGAGGGUUUAGCGAUUUUGGAGAUUUUCGAAGUUUUCGUGGUGGGACCCGAUUGGUCCCACCACGAAAACAUUUUUUGCGUAGAAGAAAGUGUUUUUAGCGCCAAAUUGAAAAUGAAUUGGUAUUAUUAUUGAGUUUCGUUCAAUUUGGGAGCUUUUUGAGCCCUACAAUGUUUUCGUCCCGAGACCCGAUUGGUCCCACCACGAAAACAUCUUGGCAUAAAAACAGUCUUUUUAGUGCCAAAUUGCGGCUAAAUUGGUGUUAUUAAUGGCUUCCGUUCAAUUUGAAAGCUUUGUUGAGACUUCAAAAGUUUUCGCCCCAGGACCAAAUUGGUCCCACCACGAAAUCAUUAAAAACCAAAAAUUAUUCUUUUUUCUUAUAAAAAGUUUUUUUCCAGCUGACAUCCUGAAGAAAUACAAUGCCCCCGGAGAACAGAAAUGUAUUGAAGAACUGGAUAUGAAGAAACGAGCCAACUCGGAUUCAAAGGUGUAUGUGAAACGCUCAAGUUCGAAGAAAUCGUCGGAAUUAAAGACUAUUUCGGGUAAUUUCAACUCAUCAUUUUCACUUUGCAGUCUCAAUUGACGUAUUUUACAUUUUGUUUGCUUGGAUUCUAAGAUUUUCAAAGUUUCUUCGGGCGCAGCUCGCCAAAUUAAAAUUCUGAUUUUUAUGGCGAACCUAAUAUAAAACAAUUUUUAGGCUCCAAAGACACAAUUUCUGACCUAGGAGAAGAGAGAAUUAGAUCCCUCGAGUCGUUGAAGGUCCAAUCAACGAUGAUGUCAAGUUACACGCAGCCUGCGCCCGACCAAAAAACCGGAUCUUCAACCGUUGGCAGUUCCUCUUGCACCUCGUCGAACUGCAAAAAUAAUGGAAAAGGUUCAAAACACAAGAAAGUAGAAAAAUCGAAGAAAAAGGGCCCGUCCAGGAGAGGAUAA